UCUCAAAACCCACCCCCACUCAUCUCUGGUCCGUCGCCUCCAUUGGAUCCAUCCAUCGGGUCUCUGCUUUAUAUACUUCCCUUCUCGCUCCUCCCAUCACCUCGCUCAUCAAGAUAUACAUCCUUCCCUCACUCUCACCCUCUCUCACCCACUCAUUUCCGUCACCAUGGAUCUCGCCAGCCUCAUCUCCCAUCCGGGGCCCGAACCCCUCUCGACCUACAAGGCCCGAGCCUCGUACAGCCCUCCCAUGAGCUCGUACAAGCGGUCGAUCGAACAAGUCUCGGACUCAUACUUCUCCUCCGUUCCGAUCUCCUACACCCGCACCCCGCAACCUCCUCUCUCGCCUCCCGUGGAGGAACACUCGCCCAAGUGCUCUCUGCCGUCCAUCUCGACGCUCCUCGAGGGUGCAGACGGUGCCUCCGUGCAUGCAGCCAAGCGGACCCGCAUGACCCCUCCUCUGCAACGGGAGUCAUCGCAAGCAUAUGACUUCAAAACCAACGGCCCCCAACUCGCCUUGCCACCCACGCCCCCAUUGCGUCCUGGCUCGGGCUUCCACAGCGCCAGCCACUCCCCCGCCUCCUCCAUCUCUGCGGCCAGCGAAGGCAAUGCGCCCAAGCGCUCCGAUUCCUUCUCCCAGGUGCCCGUGGCUCUGCCCAGUCCCUCGGAUCGCUCGUCCAUCUCCAGCCAGGGUUCCGUCCAGGGUGCUCCGUAUGCCUCGCCGGCUCCCAGCGUCGCGUCCUACUCUUCCCCCAUUGAGCCGUCGGCCUCCUCCGCCAUGUUCUACCAGCGCACCGCAUCCACCACCACCGCCGCACCUCUCCCGACGCCCGCGCCCCAGCAGAUCAUCUCCCCCGUGAACCCCGCCUGGCAACAUCACCACUACUUCCCUCCCUCCAGCACCACGCCCUUCCAACAGAACCAUGACCGCUACAUUUGCCGCACCUGCCACAAGGCCUUCUCGAGACCAUCCAGCCUGCGCAUCCACUCGCACAGCCACACGGGCGAGAAGCCCUUCCGCUGCACCCACGCUGGCUGUGGGAAGGCCUUCAGCGUGCGUAGCAACAUGAAGCGUCAUGAGCGUGGCUGCCACAGUGGCCGUCCCGUCGCAACCGCCAUGGUCUAAGACCCCACCCGGUUGGGAUCUCCUUGAUGCGCCUUGAAGGCAGUCAAGACGGCCACGCCACGAGCCAAGCCAAAAAAAAAGAAUCAAAUCAAACCAACCUCCCUGAACCCAGCGACCAUCUGCUCUGCUUUUCUUCUUUGAAUGAUACCCUUUUGUGCAUGUUUAUAUAUAUUCUUUUCUUCCGAUCUUCACACACGCACCCGGAAAAACUCCAGGGCUAGGUGUAUCGUGAUGUUCUUCACUUCUUCCACCUGUGUAUAUUUGGAUCCUUUUCUCUUUUUUUUCCCAUUUUUUAUAUAUAUAUUGUCCAUGUGAAAAGGAGCAGGCGUCGCUGGUUUUCGAUCUGGGAAAAAUGCAAGCAAUGCAUUUAGAAGAGAGGGGUGGGAUUGGGAUGAAUGGAGAAUCAGGAUCUCGGAGUCUCAACUCUGGUUCGGUUGGGUUGGGUUAUUGUUUUUUUUUUUUUUUUUUUUU